GCACCGCCCUGCGACCCGCCUCUUCCCGGAAGAGUGAUGGCCGCGGCCUAAGAGGUGGCCCGUUGGAGGCGUCGCAGGCGCUCGGGUCGCGCUCGGUGGAUCCUGGGUGCGGCGAGGGAGGCCGCUCCCGGCCAUACUCGCAGGCCAUCCUGCAGCGCAGACCCCGGCAGCCAUGACCUCCAGGCAGGCUCCCCUCUGUGGCCUGGCCCCUCGCUGCCUCUGGCUCCUGGGGGCUGUCCUUCUGAUGGACGCAUCCGCCCGGCCCGCCAACCACACGUCCGCUCGGGAGAGAGUGGGUAGCAGGGAGGAAAACGAGAUCCUGCCUCCGGACCACCUGAACGGGGUGAAGCUAGAGAUGGAUGGGCACCUCAACAGGGAUUUCCACCAGGAGGUCUUCCUGGGCAAGGACACGGACGGCUUUGAACAGGACGCGGAGCCCCGGAGGAGCCGGAGGAAGCUGAUGGCCAUCUUCUCCAAGGUGGAUUUGAACACCGACAGAAGGAUCAGUGCCAAGGAGAUGCAGCGCUGGAUCAUGGAGAAGACGGCCGAGCACUUCCAGGAGGCCAUCGCGGAGAGCAAGGCGCACUUCCGAGCCGUGGACCCCGACGGUGACGGCCAUGUGUCAUGGGAUGAGUACAAGGUGAAGUUUUUGGCAAGCAAAGGCCAUGAUGAGAGAGAAGUUGCUGAUAAGAUAAAGAAUAAGUGGGACCUGAACAUCGACGAAGAGACACAGGAAGUCCUGGAGAACCUCAAAGACCGCUGGUAUCAGGCGGACAACCCGCCCCCGGACCUGCUGCUGACGGAGAGCGAGUUCCUGUCGUUCCUGCACCCCGAGCACAGCCGCGGCAUGCUGCAGUUCAUGGUCAAGGAGAUCAUCCGGGACCUGGACCAGGAUGGUGACAAGAAGCUCUCGCUGUCCGAGUUCAUCUCUCUGCCCGUGGGCACCGUGGAGAACCAGCAGGGCCAGGACGUGGACGACGGCUGGGUGCGAGACAGGAAGAGAGAGUUCGAGGAGCUGAUCGAUGCCAACCGCGACGGGAUCGUGACCGCGGCGGAGCUGGAGGACUACAUGGACCCCAUGAACGAGUUCAGCGCCCUCAACGAGGCCAAGCAGAUGAUCGCCGUUGCCGACGAGAACCAGAACCACUGCCUGGAGCCCGAGGAGGUGCUCAAGUACAGCGAGUUCUUCACAGGCAGCAAGCUGGUGGACUACGCCCGCAGCGUGCACGAGGAGUUCUGAGCCGCCGCCGCCGCGCCCACCCCUCCCCCACCCCGCCCCGUCCCGUCCCUCCUGCGGCGCCUCGAUUCCCGCGAUUCCCGCGUACCCACUGCUUCUCGCUUCCGAGAACUGGAGCCCUUCUGCCAGAGGCACCGGCCACAUCAGGGCCUGCGGGCUGGCCACACCGUGGGAAAUACGCAGCUCCCGCCGUUUCCUUGAAAACUGAAAGAUGAAGGCUUUGCUGGAAACCAGCAGCCGGCGGCUGGGGGGUCGGGAAGGGGCCGUGAGAGCCGCCGGCCCUGUGGCGUUCAGUCUCCGAGGAAACGCUAAUACUGGUGACAGGAAUCACAUUAAUUUACUUUGAAAUAUAGUUUCCUUUUUCUCCCA